AAAUCGGAACGAACAUAACAAAAGAAGAAAAAAGAAAAAACUCAAUAGAUAGCCUUGAAUGGCGUGCCUAUAACUCCUAUCUUUCUGCAGGAAGGCGGGCACAUGGUUCAUUCGUGUUCUUUUACCAGUUCAGAUCGCCGCUUCACCAUUUUCUCACGGGUUUGAAAGUUCUUAGUUACCUCCAUCGCUCUCCUUUUUCUCCGUUGUCGUGCUCCGAUUAUUAAAAUACGAAGGUGGUUACAAUUCUCAAGCUCACUUCAGCGUCGUUGCUUCUAUCUACUUGAUCAUGACGGUUGACACCAAGAUGAAUCGCGAAGAUGAUAAGGACAAGAAUGCAAGAAGUGCUUACUUCGGUUCACCGGCCCUGGAUGUUUCUGUUGCGUUCCCUCAAGCAACUGCUGCAUCUGUCUUUCCUCCUUCCGUAUCGGACUACUAUCAGUUCAACGACCUAUUGACUCCUGAGGAGCAAGCUCUCAGAAAAAAAGUGAGACAGUGCAUGGAAAAAGAAAUUGCUCCAAUUAUGACAAAGUAUUGGGAGAAGGCAGAGUUUCCAUUUCACGUUAUCCCAAAGCUUGGUAACUUGUGCAUUGCUGGUGGUACGAUCAAGGUACCUGCUUUUUGUUUCUUGUUCAAGAUUUCAUAUAAUUUUUAUUAAUCCUCAAUAAUAGCUCUAUGUGGAUCGGAGGAGCAAAAGCAGAAAUAUUUACCUUCCUUGGCAAAGUUGGACACUAUCGCUUGUUGGGCUUUGACUGAGCCUGAAAAUGGAAGUGAUGCCAGUGGUUUAAGAACAACAGCAACAAAGGUUGAAGGAGGUUGGUUAAUAGAGGGGAAAAAACGCUGGAUAGGAAACAGUACGUUUGCUGAUUUAUUGGUUAUUUUUGCCAGGAAUACAAUUACGAAUGAAAUAAAUGGAUUUAUAAUCAAGAAAAAUUCCCCUGGUCUGAUGGUUACAAAGAUAGAAAAUAAAAUUGGUUUGCGGAUCGUUCAAAAUGGAGACAUUGUGAUGAAUAAAGUUUUUGUGCCCGAUGAAGAUAGGUUACCUGGUGUAAAUUCAUUCAAGGAUACAAAUAAGGUUUUAGCGGUUUCACGUGUAAUGGUUGCCUGGCAGCCCAUUGGCAUAGCAAUGGGCGUUUAUGACAUGUGCCAUAGAUAUUUGAAGGAGAGGGAACAAUUUGGAGCACCAUUAGCAGCUUUUCAAGUUAACCAACAGAAACUUGUCCUCAUGCUGGGAAAUGUUCAAGCAAUGUUCCUCAUGGGUUGGCGACUUUGUAAAUUAUAUGAAAAGGGCACGAUGACUCCAGGUCAAGCUAGCUUGGGGAAGGCAUGGAUCACUCUGAGGGCUAGGGAAACCGUUGCUCUAGGACGUGAGUUGCUUGGAGGCAAUGGGAUUUUAUCUGACUUUCUAGUUGCAAAGGCAUUCUGCGAUUUGGAACCAAUCUAUACGUACGAAGGAACCUACGACAUCAACACGUUGGUAACCGGCAGAGAAAUCACAGGUGUUGCCAGUUUCAAGCCUGCUUCUCUCGCCAAAAGAAGCCGUCUCUAAUAUGUUUUCUGCCUACCAACAGUUGCAAGAUUUUCUGAUGCGAAAUUUUGCACACUGGCUGGUGAGGUAACCAAAUGAUAUUAUCUAUGAAUAAAAUGUGUAUUUAUUUAGUUUCUUAUGGAUUCUGUCUACGGGAUACUUCAUCACAAUGUGUGAAUAAACUAUUUAAAAUUAAUAAAAACAUCAGUUAUUAAGUAGUUUAAAGA